AUGGCACUGUCCCAGUACACCUCCCUGGCCACAGAGCUACUACUGGCCUCUGCCAUCUUCUGUAUAGUAUUUUGGGUGGUCAGAGCUUUAAGAACCCAGGUCCCCAAAGGCCUGAAGAGUCCACCAGGGCCCUGGGGCUGGCCCCUCCUUGGGCACAUAUUGACCCUGGGGAAGAACCCACACCUGUCACUGACAAAGCUGAGCAAGCAGUAUGGGGACGUACUGCAGAUCCGCAUUGGCUCCACACCUGUGGUGGUGCUGAGCGGCCUGGACACCAUCCGGCAGGCCCUGGUGCGGCAGGGGGAUGACUUCAAGGGCCGGCCAGACCUCUACAGUUUCACACUUAUCACUAAUGGCAAGAGCAUGACCUUCAACCCAGACUGUGGACCAGUGUGGGCUGCCCGGCGGCGCCUGGCCCAGGAUGCCCUGAAGAGUUUCUCCAUAGCCUCAGACCCAACCUCAGCGUCCUCUUGCUACUUAGAGGACCAUGUGAUCAAGGAGGCUAACCAUUUAGUCACCAAGUUGCAGAAGCUAACGGCAGAAGCUGGGCACUUCGAACCUGUCAACCAGGUGGUGGAAUCAGUGGCUAAUGUCAUUGGAGCUAUGUGCUUUGGGAAGAACUUCCCCCGUAAGAGCGAGGAGAUGCUGAGAAUCGUAAAGGGUAGUAAGGACUUUGUGGAGAACGCCUCCUCUGGGAAUGCUGUGGAUUUCUUCCCCAUCCUACGCUACCUGCCCAACCCAGCCCUCAAGAGGUUUAAGAACUUCAACGAUAACUUUGUGCUGUUUCUCCAGAAAACAGUCCAGGAGCACUAUCAAGACUUCAACAAGAACAGUAUCCAGGACAUCACAGGUGCUCUAUUCAAGCACAGUGAGAACUCCAAAGAGAGCGGAGGCCUCAUCCCUCAGGAGAAGAUUGUCAACAUUGUCAAUGACCUCUUUGGAGCUGGAUUUGACACGGUCACAACAGCCAUCACCUGGAGCCUUUUGCUCCUUGUGACACAGCCCAAUGUGCAGAGGAAGAUCCAUAAGGAGCUGGACACAAUAAUUGGCAGGGAUCGACAACCACGGCUUUCUGACAGACUUCAGCUGCCCUAUAUGGAGGCCUUCAUCCUGGAGAUCUACCGAUACACAUCUUUUGUCCCCUUCACCAUCCCCCACAGCACAACGAGGGACACCUCACUGAAUGGCUUCCACAUCCCUAAGGAUCGUUGUAUCUUCAUAAACCAGUGGCAGGUCAACCAUGACGA